AUGGAUUUGAAAGAUACACGGAACUGGGUUAUUGGAAUGUACAAUGUUGUUUGUCCCCCCUGGCUGGCAGUGUGGAAGGAAAGGAUAGGUGUGGCAGGAUUGCCUUAUGAGUCUAUAGACUUUGAGAAGGAAACGGCAAACUUCAAAGCAUGGACGGCUAUUCAGCUUAGACAAUAUGCUAAAGAAAGAUCCAUCGCAAUUCCUAAAGCAUAUGAAGCUAAGGCAAACCUGGUGGAAUAUCUUCGGUACAAUCUGCUGGCAUGCAAAGCAGUAAUUAAGAAAGAGAUUGUACCUGAAGCACCUGCCACACUAGUGAAAUCACGUAUCGAGUUAGAAGACGAUGCACGGGGGCGCUUCAAUGGUAUAAAAUUUGAACUUUAUGAUCAAAAUGUAGUGCAAUAA